CGCGAACACCGCUGGGCGGCGGUGUGAUUCCUCAAAGUCUGUGAAGCGCUCUGAGAUCAUCAGGCGAAGAAGAAAAUACAGAGAUCCACAACGUGAGAGCCAUGCCGAAAUCCAAGAGAGACAAAAAAGUCUCUUUAACCAAAACAACCAAGAAGGGGUUGGAAGCCAAACAAAAUCUGAUUGAAGAGCUGCGGAAAUGUGCAGACAUCUACAGAUAUGUGUUUGUGUUCUCAGUUGAAAACAUGAGAAACAACAAACUUAAAGACAUCAGGACGGCCUGGAAACACAGCCGGUUCUUCUUCGGUAAGAACAAAGUCAUGAUGAUUGCACUGGGUAGAAGACCGUCAGAUGAAUACAAAGACAAUCUGCAUAAAGUGAGCAAGUUUCUCAGAGGCGAAGUAGGUGUUUUGUUUACAAACAAAACCAAAGACGAGGUUCACGAAUAUUUUAGUAAUUUUAAGGAGGUGGAUUACGCUCGAGCCGGUAAUGUAGCGACCAUGGCCGUGACGCUGGAUGAGGGUCCGCUGGAGCAGUUUACACACUCAAUGGAGCCUCAGCUCAGACAACUGGGCCUUCCUACAGCUCUAAAGAAAGGUGUGGUGACGCUGAUAAAGGAUUUUGAAGUCUGUAAAGAGGGAGAUGCACUCACACCUGAACAGGCUCGAAUUCUGAAACUCUUUGGAAUCGAAAUGGCAGAAUUUAAAAUUUCAAUUAAGUGCAUGUGGAAUUCUGAAUCCGGGAACUUUGAAAAGCUGACGGAUGGUGACCGCAACGAGACCAAGGAGGAGGAAAUGGAUGAAGACUCAGAGGACGGAGAAGGAAGUGAUUAAAACCUGGACACAGGCAGUGGACAUUCAUUGUGUUGAUCCAGCAGAAAACCAUAAAAUGUUUUAAGCGUUCUUUCAUUGAGCUGAAUAUUACUAUCACUGUCAUCUGCACACUGUUUAGUUUCAAUUUACUACAAUUUUCUAUAAAAAUACAAAGUAUAGUAUAACUGAACACUGUUUAUUCUCAUUGUUAAAUGUUAUUUUAGCAAGUGUUUGGCAAGAAGACAGCAAAACAAUUAUUCAUCAAAAUGCCACAUUUAUUUGUAUUGCAUUCUCAUGUAAACAAGGAUAAAAAUCUAUUCUUUGUGUUCA